AUGAGAUUCCUACCCUGUCUUGUACUUCUGAUCCUUGUUGUUGCAUCGAACACUGCGACAACAACAUCAGUAGCAACAUCUACGUCUACAUCAACAUCCGCACCGACAACAACCACAACUGAGCCAUCAGUAGCUGCAGCGUAUUUGAAAGUGUAAGCUCAUUAGUGUGUGGGCACUAAUUUCUUCCUUAACAUGAGCAAUGUAUAAUUUCAGUAUUCGAAAAGUAGUGAGUCUUAUUGCUAAAGCUGCCAAACUACUCGCUGCUCAAGUCAAGCCAAUUUUCGAAGAUUUUAAUGAGAAGAUCAAUGGUGUCCUUCAAUAUCUUUCCGAUGUUGACAACAUGAUUCUACCAGAUUACGAUCAUUUAGUGUAAGUUCGUAUAGACAUCUAAAAGAUCCGCAAUACAAUUCAGAUCUUUGGAAGCAUCCAUCAUGACUUUGUUGACCACAAUUCCUCUGAUCAAGCAGGACAUCAAGCAAGAUAUGCAGAAUAUAAAUAAAACACAAAUCAUUGAAGCGAUGCAGUAAGUUUUGAAUUUUUCAAGAAAACCAAAGAAAAUUUUGAUUUUCAGACGAGUGCUUGGGAGAAUUCUUGAAAGUCGAUUUGCUAAAUACGAUUGA